AUGAUGAAAUAUGUUUGGCAGUUCUUGUUGUGCAAUCGAAACGAUGAUAGCAGCGAUGAAGAAGAAUUGAAAUCGUCCUCGUCCGAAUCAGCAUCAACACAGUCACAUUCCAAAGAAACUGCACCGUUGAAUGGAGAAUCACACAAAGAAGAAGUGCUAUUGUCAUCAUCAGUGCCACAACAACACACUCGAAGCAACAGCAGUGAAAGCACCACGAUCAUGGCCAACCGAUUUAACAUGAUUGAGAGCUUGCAAUCAUCAGAUAACAAUGCAGACGAGUCGAUUCUACAAUCAGAGUUGACAAAACUUGGCGAUACUAUUCAACUCAUUGGAUCAGAUAUUGCCCGUUUGAUUUCUCACAUGAAGAUGGAUGGUAUUCAAAUCAUCAACAACUCGGAAGCCAUUCCAACAACAGCUACCGAUAGAGAUCUAUUGAUUGAAGGUGCUGUAAGGUUCUUUGAACAAGUUUUUCACACAUUCGAUUUGUCAGAUCCAUUCGAUUCUAGGAGACACCUAUUGACCUCACUCACUAACAGCUCUGAAACCACAGAACCUCUGUCAAAUUCUGAGAUUUUAAAGAAAGGAAUUGUCCUCUUACUUGAAGAUUUGUGCAGAUUGUGUCUCACGGACAAAUAUUUAAGGAAAUUUCAAAAUGCUCUCAAAUUCUUGAGUUGCUUGACACAAGAAUCCAUUUCCUCGUUUGUCAUUCAGUUGAAAUCCAAACUAAAAGUUGCAUAUAGAGGAAGAGCACGUAUAUUUGAUGGACGAAUGUGGGUGAUUGAGGUGAAUUUCAAUCACAACAAUAGUGACAACAAUUCCUCCUCAUCGCCGAGUCUAGAAAUUAUUCAUCGAAGAGCUGAAAGACUUUGUCAAAGUGACUCUCGAACAAAAGAUCUCCUCAACACAAUACAAACUCCAAGAGCUGCUGGAUCGAGUAUUGAAGAAGUUUGUAAAUUUGUGUGGUCCAUAACCUUCUCCUUUUCCAUGACAAAUUCAAGCAACGAAGAGUUGUCUUUGCAGAAUUCUACACAACCACUCGUUCUUGAUUCACCUGUAUCAGUCGAUUUUGAGAAAGUGGAACAAUGUAAUGCUCCAUCUGUGUUCCUAUUUCUUCAUGCCAAUCAUUCAGAAGAGGAAUUACCUCAAGAACAACCACCAGAGGAAGAGUUGAAUUCUCAACUCGUUUCCAAUUUGAGAGAAUUUUUCAAAAACUCGUUUCCAAGAAUGAUGUAA